AUUCUAUCCCCCUACACUACCCCUAAACCUACCCAUCACAGGAAACUUUCUGCAUCAAAAAAACAAAAAACAAAAAAAAAACAUAAUUUAGUAUGUUCAUUAAUCCAUUGUACUCGUAUACAUACACAAUGUACUAUAAACCCAUUAUAUAUAUAUAAUGUUUUAUGAUAUAAUGUUUUAGAACGACCUUGACCUCAUCACCACAAUCAAUGAACUUCAAGAGGCUAUAAAAGACUUAUGUCUUCUGGUGGACCAUAUUUUCAACCCUCCUGUAAAUGCCCCAUAUUCACUACCAAUUUUACAGACCAGGGGACGGCCAAGAUAUCACAUCACAGCUGAACAACUUUUACAGUUGAGGACAACUGGUAUGUCCUGGGUUUCCAUAGCAAAUGUCCUUGGCAUUGGUAUGUCCACUCUUUCUCGAAGACGAGCUGUCUUUGGACUACUCAACAAUUAUGAUGCCAUUCCAAAUAGUCAGUUGGAUGACAUUAUUCGAGACAUCACUGCCCAUACUUCUAAUGUUGGUGAAAGACUAGUACAAGGAAGCAUUAGAGCAAGGGGGUUUAGAGUCCAAAGGCAUCGGGUUAGAGAGAGGAUCCGUCUUAUGGACCCAGCAGGAACUUUAAUUCGCAGAAGACGGCUCAUUAGAAGAAGAGUGUACAAUGUGAGAGGAUCAAAUCAUUUAUGGCAUAUUGACUCUAACCACAAACUGAUUGCAUGGAGAUUUGUUCUUCAUGGCUGCAUCGAUGGAUUCAGCAGAACCGUCAUUUAUUUGAGAUGUGCCACAAACAAUCGUGCCAACACAGUGCUGUCAUUUUUUCAAAGUGGUGUCUGUCAGUUUGGUUUACCUUUAAGAGUAAGGGGAGACAGAGGUAUGGAAAAUGUACAAGUAGCACAGUACAUGAUAGACAGAAGAGGUGCAGACCGAGGGAGUUUUAUUGUGGGAAGAAGUGUGCACAAUCAAAGGAUUGAACGUCUCUGGGGGUAUGUAAACAGGGUUGUAUCGGACUUUUACAGGCAGCUUUUUCUAUACAUGGAGCAUGUGGGCAUUCUACACCCAGAAAAUGAGAUGGACUUAUGGUCCUUGCACUAUGUCUUUCUUGGUAGAAUUCAGCGGUCCUGUGAUCAGUUUGUCAGUCAAUGGAAUUACCACAGUCUAAGAACGGAGGGUGCCAUGAGUCCACUGGCAUUGUGGAAUUCUGGCAUGAUUAUUGAGCCAAACCUUGUCCUUAAUGCAUCUGACAUAGAAGAGUAUGGCAUUGACUUUGUAGGGGAAUAUGAGACUGACACACAGGCCAUCACAGUUCCGGAAAGCACAUUUAGAGUUAGUGUUGCAGAUACUGAUAACCUGCAAACAUUGCUGGAUCCUCUAUCAGAUGAUGGAAACUAUGGAAUACAGCACUACUUAUUUGUAUUUAACUAUCUGUCAUCACACUAUACAUAAUAAAAAUUUGCACACACAACACAAGAAUUCAUGUACAAACUUUAAUUUUAUACUUAAAUUUUCAAAAUCCAUUAUAUAUAUAUAUAUAUAUAUUUGAACCUUUUAGCUUAGUAAAAUUAAUCCAUAAAACAGUCAAUUACAGUUCAAGUACUUUAUAGAAAAAUACAAUUGUGUUCUUAGUAUGUCCUCUGUAAACUGUAUAACAAUAAACUAUUGAAGUGUUUUUAUAUUUUGUAGUCGUUUUUUCUUUCUUUUUUUCAUCAGAACAAACAGUCACUAAAACUACAUUUUAAAGUUAAAACUGAAUUGAAAAAUGUCUAUUUUAGAUAGAGGUGAACUUUAGCCUUUGGACAAACGUGUCUAUAUUUGUAAAGAACAGUAAACCGUAAAAUGAAAUUGAUCCCAUAAUUUAUUCAUCCUCAAGCCAUCCUAGUUGUAUAG